GAUAUUAACGUAAUCACAAAAGAUUUUUUACAAUUUUGUGAAUAAAAUUUAAUUUGUUACAUUAAAGAAAUAAAAUGGCUAAUACUGUUAUAAAAUAUGUGGGCCGCAAAACGGAUUUCAAAGGAAAAUCGCUGUGGGAAAUAGUGGGAGACUUGAAAGAUUAUGGCGUUGGACGUAUGGUUGUGCGUAACAUGUUCCAACGUUAUCCAGAGCCUUGCUAUUUGAGAAUCUUGAAAGUUCAAACUGUGGAUCAUGAGGAUCCCAAUUCUGCCCGCAAAGUUAAGGUUACCGUACAAAAAACCUGGCGUGGCGUAACUUUACCCAAACCCAUUGAAAUCUAUAGCACUAGCUACAAGACCGAUUAUGAAUUGGUUGACAAAGAAGAUGAACCCAAAUUUCUGCAAAACUCCAACAAAAUUAGUGAAAAAAUAUUGUCCAGCCAAGUGGAGUUGCCGCCUUUGCUGCGAGAAUUCAUUGCUCAAGAGACGGGCCAACAGAAUCCCAUGAUGAAAGUUCACUUUAAGGAAAACGACAACAAAUUUGUGCGCUUGGCUAAGGAUGGUGAAAAGCCCACCAUACAAAUGGUUAUGGGCUUGGGCCAACCUUCCUCCGUUGCUCAAAAGUUAUAUGAGGGUGUUUUGUAAAUGUUUAGUUAAAUAAAGGAGCAUAUUGUUGAAAUUGUGAAAAUACGAAUGAAAUAAUAAAAUAUAUUUUAAAAUAAGUAAGAA